AAGCAGGGAGAGAGAAGGGGCCAGGGUAUAAAAAGGGCCCACAAGAGACCAGCUCCAGGAUCCCAAGGCCCAACUCCCGGAACUACUCAGGGUCCUGUGGACAGCUCACCUAGCUGCAAUGGCUGCAGGCUCCCGGACGUCCCUGCUCCUGGCUUUUGCCCUGCUCUACCUGCCCUGGCUUCAAGAGGCUGGUGCCGUCCAAACCGUUCCCUUAUCCAAGCUCUUUGACCACGCUAUGCUCCAAGCCCAUCGUGCGCACCAGCUGGCCAUUGACACCUACCAGGAGUUUGAAGAAGCUUAUAUCCCAAAGGAACAGAAGUAUUCAUUCCUGCAUGACUCCCAGGCCUCCUUCUGCUUCUCAGACUCUAUUCCGACACCCUCCAACAUGGAGGAAACACAGCAGAAAUCCAACUCAGAGCUGCUCCGCAUCUCCCUGCUGCUCAUCGAGUCGUGGCUGGAGCCCGUGCGGUUCCUCAGGAGUAUCUUCACCAACAGCCUGGUGUAUGACACCUCGGACAGCAAUGACUAUGACCUCCUAAAGGACCUAGAAGAAGGCAUCCAAACGCUGAUGGGGAGGCUGGAAGACGGCAGCCCCCGUACUGGGCAGACCCUCAAGCAGACCUACAGCAAGUUUGACACAAACUCGCACAACCAUGACACACUGCUCAAGAACUACGGGCUGCUCCACUGCUUCAGGAAGGACAUGGACAAGGUCGAGACAUUCCUGCGCAUGGUGCAAUGCCGCUCUGUGGAGGGCAGCUGUGGCUUCUAGGUGCCUGCCUGGCAUCCUGUGACCCCUCCCCAGUGCCUCUCCUGGCCCUGGGAGGUGCCACUCUAGUGCCCACCAGCCUUGUCCUAAUAAAAUUAAGUUGCAUCAUUU